CCUCACGUGACCGGCUGCAAUCCCUCCGGACGCUGGUACCGCCCGCCGGACGGACGAAUCCCCUGCUGCGGGCCAGGGGAGGUCCCUGACCGGCUCCUCGCCAAGGAGAGCAAGGAAUCUUCAAAAUCGCAUCUGAACUAUUUGGAUCCUGGUGCCAACCAUGCUGCCUAAACCUGGGAUCUAUUACUUUCCCUGGGAAAUCAGUAAUGGCCAAGUCCCCGAAGGAAGCACACUGAGGACAUUCGGCAGGUUGUAUCUCUAUGACAUGGCCCGCUCCCUCGUGACCCUGGCGGCUCCGCAGAAACCUGAUCAGUGUCAGCUGCUUGUCUGCACCAACCUGGUGGAGCCUUUUGAGGCGCAUGGGAACUUCCUGUACAUGGUUCUUGGGGAGCUGGAGCGUAUGGAGGGUGGAGCUUUUGUGGUGAGAGCCCGACUGCUCACCUGUGUGGAGGGGAUGGAUCUGUCCCUGUUAGAAAAAGCCAUCUUGGAGCAGAGGCUCCACAUGCAGAAGAGGCAGCAGCCAAUAGGAGACACCAGCACCUUGCAAGCCCCUCCACCUGCUCCCCAACCUCUUCCCAGUGACAGUCUGGAACCAGAGAGCAUGGAGCAGGUGCCCCUUCCCUAAACUCUGUACUGACUUGAAAGCCCACCCAAGCUGGCCACAGUGGCCCAGUGCUGAGGAAGGAAAAGCAGGAGGAGGCAGAGUUUAAAGCCAGUCUGAACUACACAACAUACACACACACACACCCCUCUCUCUCUCAAAAAAAAAAAAAAAAAGAA